GACGUCAUCUUCUCGCGCCACGUCUGUCGCACAGCAUCCUUGAGGGGCAGGCGCAGCCAAUACAUUUGAACAUUUUCGACGCAGAGUAUGCGAAUGAAGUGAAACAUCGCACAAGUAGAAGCAUGUCUGGGGCUUUAUCGCGCUGUCUCGGCAGGGUUCUGUCUCGUCAGAGCCCUCCGUCAAGCUUCCUGUUGGGAGAACGUCAUCGUGCUGUUCAGAGUCUUUGGUUUGCACCAAUGAGGACACUGAAGAUAUCUGCUCCGUUGAGAGCGGAGCCCAAGAAGAAGAAGAAAGUGGACCCAAGAAGGGAGCAGAUGCUGAAGGAGAGGAUGAGGAAAAAGCUGAGGAAGCUGGAGAAGGUUGCACCUGAGCUCAUCCCCAUAGAGGACCUCAUCACUCCGGCCAAAUUCUUGGAUGAAACAAGGGAACGUUCUAAACCAAGGCUGUCAUUUGAAGACAGUGAGGGUCGCGCCCUGCUGCUGAAAGAGUGGUGUCGAUACAAACAGGAGCAGCACAUGGCUGAAGUGCGGGCUGUUGAGCUCGUUCUCGAAGCACAGAGGGAGGCGCUGGAGGAGCUGAAGUUAGAGUCGGAGGAGCUGUACCAGGCGGCGCUGAAACCAGACCCCCUCAUGUUUCCUUUCACUCACAAAGGUCCUGUCUACACGCCGCCAAAGAGCAAGUAUGAAGCUCCUGAUGGAAAAUACAAUGACAUUACUAAAGUGUACACACAGUGAUAGACAGGGCUGUGUGUAUUCAUUGUCCUUGUUUGUACAUGAUUACCAGACACAUGCCUUCAUGUGGAAGGACAUGUUUUUUUUCUUUACUUGAUUUCUACCCUCGUCACGGUUUCAUAUUUGUUUCAAAUUCAUGGAAAUUGUACAUUGUUGUUUAUUUUCUCCACAUUCUAGUCUUUGUAUAAAACAAUGCAAGAAACUGAAAAUAAAUUAUGCUUUUGAGAAAUGUUGACAGGCUUAUUAGGGACUACUCUCCUGUUGACUUUAAAGGUGGCAUUUAGUGCUGCAUUGAAUGUAAAUAUCAGUCUUAUACAGGUUCAUUACUUUAAUGAAAUAUAUUUAAUCCAAAUGUAUCCGUUGCAUUAUUUGAGCCAAUAUUCCUAUUUUCUAACACUUAGAACACAGGAAAAAACAGUUAAUCUUCACACUGAUCUACAGCAGGUCUGAAUCCAGUUGGCGUUUGAGCUUUAACAUUAGCAUUGGAAAAUGAACCUUUUUGGCACAUGUUGCAACAGCAAUGCGUUUAGCGAUCCUCUUGUAAUUUGCUGGUGGAUAUUUGCUCAUCAGUAAAUGUGUUAGUGUUCUCACACAGUUCAACACAGCAAUAAGUGACUAGUGUCUCUGUCAGGUGGUUACAUUGACGGUUUAUGAGUCCUGGGGCUUGUCCUGGUUUAGUGGCAUGUGCCAGUCUCUGGGUGGCUCUUUCCUCAGUGUCCACACAGGGGUGAAGUUACUCUGCUCUGCCACUCUGUUCCGCUCACUUGUCUGCAAAGCUUUCUGCAAUAGAAAUACAAAUAAAACUGAUUGGAAAUGUAA